UAGGUCCCUCCUUUGCUUUCGUGUCAGAUCAAUCUCUGCAGAUAUCACUAUGAGGAGCUGCAUAGUCUUUUAUUUUUUUGGUUUCUUAUGGAUGUAAUCUCCUCUAUAUAAAGAGAGGAGGCUGUUGCUUGUAUUAAGUGAUCUACCUUCAUCCAAUAUAGUCUCGUUUUGAUGGUAAGUCAAUAGACAAUGAUGGAUAACAACAACAGAUGGAGUCUUCAAGGUAUGACUGCUCUUGUUACCGGUGGAGCCAGAGGAAUCGGGUUCGUCUUUCUUCUCUAUGCAACAGUAGAAGAGUUGGCUAGUUUUGGAGCUAGAAUCCAUGUAUGCGACAUAUCCGAAACUUUUCUCAAUCAGAGUUUAAUAGAAUGGGAAAAGAAAGGGUUUCAAGUGAGUGGUUCAGUAUGUGAUGCAUCCUCUCGUCCGGAGAGAGAAACACUCAUGCAGACAGUCUCCUCCUUGUUUGGUGGCAAGCUCAACGUUCUAGUGAACAAUGUUGGUGCAAUCCGCUCCAAGCCAACAAUAGAAUAUACGGCUGAAGAUUUCGCUUUCCAUAUCUCAACAAACUUGGAGUCUGCUUACCAUUUUUGCCAGCUUUCACAUCCUCUCCUAAAGGCUUCAGGCUAUGGAAGCAUUGUCUUCAUGUCCUCUAUUGCAGGGGUUGUCUCCACCAGCGGCGGAUCCAUCUAUAGUCUAACCAAAGGAGCUCUGAAUCAACUCGCUAGAAAUUUGGCAUGUGAAUGGGCAAGUGAUGGGAUAAGAGCCAACGCCGUUGCGCCUAAUCUCAUCAAUACUCCUCUGUCUCAACCUUUCCUUGAUGACCUCGGUUUGAAGGAUAGCUUGUUUAGUAGAACUCCACUUGGUCGCAGUGGAGAGCCGAAUGAAGUUGCAUCACUAGUGGUUUUCUUGUGUCUACCUGCAGCUUCAUAUAUAACAGGUCAAACUAUUUGUGUUUGUUAGGUUCCUUUCAACCAAAGGCGUCGACUUUCCCCGGUUUAAGACCCCAACAAACCAAGAACAGAGAGUUGCAGAAAAAACAGAGUAAGGAACAGAGAGAAACAGAGGAGUGAACUUCGAAACAGAGUAUGGAGGAAGAAGAUAAAGACAGUAAGAGAGGGAGCACACACAAGACUUUAACCAGUUCGCGCCCGUUAACGAGGGUCACUACGUCUGGCCGAGUCCUUGACUCGGAAUCCACUAGAAACAGAUAGCUAUUACAAGAGAAGUUACAAGCGACCCCGCCUUGAUGCCCUUCACUAGCACUCAAGACUCACUCUGUCAACUUCUAAAGCUAGAGAAAACACAAAGCUUAGACCUUUCUUAGUUUUCUCUCUUCUAGCUAUCUCUUUGUACUUAUGAC